AUGGAACUUUUGCGUCUCAAGGAAGCCAUGUCUAAUGCGCCGCACGCGCAGCAACUUGCCGCGCAGUUUGCAGCUGAUGCCGAAGAAAUCGGCUACUUGCUUCACAACUUCAAUACAGCUUGCUCAUAUGUUUAUCAGGCGCAGAAUUUGACAGUACAACCGAAAAACGCGGACUUCGAGAACGUCUGCCUCCAGUUUUCCAGUCUUCUAGAAGAGCUGGCUGGAAUGCAUCGGGCCCAUGCCGAGGAACUGCGCACCACCCUGUUCAUGCCGCCGCACAAGCUGCCCAGCCAGCCCGGUCUGCAACUCCACGAUUCCUCGGGAAGCAUCCUGUUUUCUGACCUCCCGGCAACGCACAGGAACGUCGAGUCCUGCGGUCGGGAGGUACAUGCUUCUCUCGCGAAGUACAUGAAACUGACGCGUCGAUGCUCACCCAAGGAACACGACGAUGCUGUCAUCGAGCUUAGUCAACAUCGUCGUAUGUUUCAAAAGGCGGCAGUGAUCUACCACGCGCGCCUUAACGCUGCCCACUUUGAACGAGAGAUGGUGCCGCUGAACGCCUUCUUCGGUUUUCUCACGACUUUAAGGAACCACUCGAAGAAGAUAAACGAGGUGGCGGAGCAGACGUCGCUGACGGAUUUCAGCGAGGUCAUCAAGAGUCAAUUCGACUGUCGACAAGUGCAGUCCACUCAGGCCACCGAAGAGUUCCUCAACACCCUCACCAACAUCCAGAGCCUGCCGCUUGCUCUGUUCGCACCGGAGCCACUAUUCGCUAAAACAGACAAGUCCUACCUUCGCAGUCCGGACACCAGUCUUUUCUCGAAGAGCGGCUAUCUGUACAUGCGCGUCAAGAAGACGUUCGGCUUUGACUGGAAUGAAGUCUACUGCUUCACGCAGGGCGGAAACCUCCUUUGUCAGCAAAAGGGCGACGGCUGGUCCAAGAUUGAUUGGACAGUGACUACGGUCUCAUCUGGACCUGGGAUGCAAACUGGCCAUGCUUCUUGCGAGAGCGAGUGCUCGUUUUGCUUCCUUAGUUUGCUUAGACUCGACCCGCUGCAGCCGGUUCCACUCCUGCCCAACAAUCUCACGUCGUCUGUCCAUCCGCUUGGUGUGAACCGACGUCUCGGUGCAGGUGUCCUGGUAAACCUGAACGGCAAGGGUGUGUUUGCGGAGCCCGUCGACAUUGACGAUCGCAGGUACACCUUUCAGAUAGUCUCCGCUGCCGAGAAACGGAGCGUUAUUCUUCAAGCCGAAAAUUCGACCGAUCGAGAUGAGUGGAUUCAGACAAUUUCAAACGUCAUCCUGAAUACUAGCAGCUGGGCUAGGACAGGUCAGCCACCUCCAGAUCUCAAAUUUAAGAAGGAGAGGCCAUUUUCGCCUCGUCUUGUCGAAUCCGGCGACUCAUCUUGGCUUCGCUUUGUCCGCAGUUGCCAACGUAGCGUGCUUGGUUCAAACGAUUUCCGUGACCUGCAGCAGUGUCCCGUUGCGCCCCCGCCCCAAGGCGCUAAGUCGGUGGGCUACUUUUACAAACUCAACCACGUUGCCGCAUCUAUUUGUCAAGUCUUGGGCUACGGCGCGCUUGUUGCGAGCUCCGCAACCUCACGGCACUCGUCGCGCGUCCGUUGUUCGCCCUUGUCGGCCAGGGGCAUCGUCAAGGUCUUACAUGGAUCGAAACGCAGAUCUUUGCACUUGAGCAGACGUGUCGAGGCUCAUCCGGCUUCCCUGUGCCAUCGCAUUCGCGCAGCACCGAUGCUGCCACCUUGCUGUCGCGCCUCUAGCACCCACGCGUGCGUUGUGUCGCUCGACGGUCAACCGCGCAAGCGCGGACAUGCCGAAUCCACACAAACAACUCAAGGAGGUCCUGCCAGCGUUUUGCCCGGGCACCCACAACCGUUUGUCCUCGUGCCCAAGUUGCAGUUCAUGGGAAGCCCCGAGCCGGAGGAUGCGGACGAGGAGGGGAGCCUGCAGCAGGCGCUUCGAGCCUCGCUUUCCUGCUCCGAUUGGAUCGCCCAGUCACCGCCCUACCACUCGGAGCUCAUCGCAACCGGCGCCCAGUCAGCGCCCUCGAAGGUCGAAUUUGAGGUUCCCGUCACCUUCAUUGGUUGCAUGCCUCUGCCGGAGUUCUUGGACGUCCUUUUCCUUUUUCAAUCCGUGCAGCGAAGUCACUGUUUUAGUCGAUUGCUGCAACGAAUUGACGACGCGUCGCCGUCAUUGCUCGAGGCUAUGAAGGCUAUUGCUGCCUUGGGCUAA